AUAAUUCUUUUGGAUUCCUCCCCAAAUGCCUUUCACCCAAAGACCCCCGGCCAGGCCUUUGUAAAUCUCCCCUUCCGGCUGCAUUCCUUCCUCCAUUAUUUCUCCAUCCCUUCGCCGCCCCCUCUCUCUCUCUCUAAAGACUGGAUACAGAACAAAGGGAAAACAAAAUAGAAAGGAAGGAAGGAAGGAAGAAAUAACACCUACCAAGCAAGACUUGGUUUUUUAGUACUUGAUGGGCUGUGGAAUUGUUCCCAGGAAUCCCCUCUGGGUUUGACAAGAUUCAUACCGAGAAAUAGUUCUAGAAUUUUCCCCUUUAUUUUGCUCAAGAAUUACUUGUACAGGAGAACUUCUUCUUUCUUGUUUCUGCUGUAUUUUUCCGUGUUUAUUUUGUUGGGAUUUUUCUCUGGUCCAUUCUUGUUCACUCGUGGGGGGUGAGGAGCAAAGAAAAUCAUGGGGAAGCAAGGACCCUGCCGUCAUUGCGGAGUCACAAGUACUCCCCUUUGGCGAAAUGGGCCACCAGAUAAACCGGUGCUCUGUAAUGCAUGUGGCUCGAGAUGGAGAACGAAGGGUUCAUUGACAAACUACACUCCAAUGCAUCGUCGGGAUGAUAUCGAUGAUGUGGAACCAAGAGUUAGCAAGCUGAAGCCACCUACUUCAAAGCCAAAGGCACUGAAGAAAAAGCCAGAUCACAUCAUAAUGGAAAAUGAGCCAUUUUCUGGUCAAAAUUUCCGAAAGAUGGGGGAUGCUGACCCAAGCAAUCGGUCUAGUUCUGGAUCUGCAGUAUCAUACUCUGAGAGUUGUGCCCCUUAUGGUGUUGCUGAUGCAAGUGAGAUGACUGGUUCAGCUCAAUCACAUGCUUGGGAGUCACUCGUGCCAUCAAGAAAGAGGAGCUGUGUCAAUCGUCCUAAGCCUUCACCCGUCGAAAAGCUUGCCAAGGAUCUUAACUCCAUCAUGCAUAAAGAGCAGUUAUAUUACCUUUCGGGAUCCUCAGAGGAAGACCUGCUAUACCAUAGUGAAACUCCUGUGGGUUCCUUUGAGAUAGGCUCUGGAAGUGUGCUUCUAAGACAUCCGAACUCGAAAUCACUGGAGGAAGAAUCAGAAGCAAGCUCCAUUCCUGCAGAUAAUAAGUCUUAUAUUACAAGUGAAUCCUAUUCAGGGCCUGCCUCGUUUGUUGUACACAGUGGAAGCAAGGCAGCAAGCAACUUAAAUGCUGCAACUGAGAGGCCAAAGAGGUCGCGACUGCAGAUUGAAGAUAAUGCUAGAAGGGAUAAACUUCAUUAUGAAAAUCAGCAUAUCCUGGAGAUUGUUGAUUCACCUUUGGUUUCAGUAGAUUUAGAGGAUGUUAUCAACUACACUAACUUUGUGAAAUAUCUAACUAAAGAGGACCAACAACAGUUGCUCAAACUUCUUCCUCCUAUGGACUCCUCGAUGUCUCCUGAAAGCCUUAGAAGCAUGUUCGGUUCUAUCCAAUUUGCUGAUGCUAUACACAGCUACCAAAGGCUGCUUGGAGAGGGAAUUCUUGAUCCAUCUUUCUCUAGUGAUGAGGAAUGGAAUACAGUGAAGAAGCUUGCCUUAACUAACUUAAGAAAAUGCAAAUGGCUGGAGUGCUAUAAACAACAAAAGGAAAGAGAGAUUGAGGAAACAGGGGGAGAUGAGAAUAUCAGUGGUUCAAAAGGCAUUACCAAGUUCACCAUGAAACCGCUCAAAAGACCUCGUGACACCCACUUUCAGAGCUGUGCAGGAUUAAAGGUAACCAUGAGGAGUCCUAAAAGAGUUAUAAAACCUGGGGCUUUGGCUCCUCAGUGCAAAAGCUCGUCUCUGCCAAAAUCUGGCUAUGCUACCAAAGAUUUAGCCUGCACUGAAGGAGCACUGAACUUAUUCAUGUUACCCCCAGAAAAAUUAUCAUUGUUGGUCCCUCCGCAGUACACCGAUGACAAUUCUGAUCAAGACUUGCUGCUGGAGAUUCCUCUCAAUGCACGGCACGCAGAGGCAGAACUUCUUUGUCAACCAUCUCAGUUGAGCUCUGUAACCCGCAGCGGUACCUCCAUGGUCAGGGUUGCUGAAGAGGAGGGGCACCUCAAGCAACCAUAGUCCCAGGCUCCCAGCUCCCAGCUCCUAUCAGCAAGCAACUUAGGGACAGGCAGUAGUAGUAGUUCCCUUUAGCUUCAUGAAUCGUGGUGCCUUUAUUUACCGACCACCGAUGGGGUGUUUGACGGUUUGUUCAUGUGUGUGCCGUUAUCGUCAUCGCCCCUGAUUUACAUAACAAUGUGCGUCAAAUUGUCCGUUCAGCUAACAUUUGUAGCCUGCUUUCGGACCGGGUUUCUGCUGGAUUGUGUAGCGUAUGGCUCUUGGAGAAAUUAUAAGUUAUAUCUCAGUAUGGCAAAGAGAUCAUCUCGUUGUCAAAAAAAUGGAAAAAAUAAAGAUAUUAGAGAGUGAUGUACGUAA